AUGUUUAUUCCACAAGAGAUCCCAGAGGCUACUCGAGUAGCUGCCCCUCUUAGGACUAGCGACGCGCCGGUGCCCACUGUCAUCCCAGAUCUUCCUCGUGUAUACCUCCAAAUCUCAAGUGAGGUAGGUUAUAGGACAUUAUGGGUUGUCUUCGUCUUGAUGGUCUUAUCUUCGGUCACGUUUUACGUCAUGGCUAUGAGAGUUCCAGUGCAAAAACGUCUGUUCCAUAUAAUCGCGGCAUUGAUUACCACAAUCAGUGUCUUAUCCUACUACGCCAUGGCUACGGGUGAUGGUAUAACCAUGCACCCCUAUGUAACCAAGAUAUCAAAGCACGGGGAAAUCAUAGAGAUCGUCAAUCGGCAGGUAUAUUGGGUCCGUUAUGUUGACUGGGCACUUACUACACCUCUUCUCUUGUUGGACUUAUGCCUCAUCGCUGGCAUCAACGGUGCAAGCAUCUUGAUAGCCGUCGUGUCAGCUUUGAUCAUGAUCUUAAGUGGUCUCUUCGCCGCUCUCGCAAGAUACGAGGCUCAAGGAUGGGGGUGGUAUGUCAUCGCUUGCAUCGCUUAUCUUAAUGUCGUCUAUCAGGUUGGCUACAAAGGGCGACACGCAAUAACGACUAGGGACAACAAAACAAGAGCUUUCUGGGGGGCUAUUUCUCUCUACACUCUCCUAUUGUGGACUGUGUAUCCUAUUGUAUGGGCCAUUGCUGAUGGUGCCCGCCGUGUCAAUGUCGACGGCGAGAUCAUCGCUUACGCCGUUCUAGAUGUCCUCACAAAGGGAGUGAUUGGGUUCUGGCUUUUGCUAACCUAUAAUAAUAUGCCGCGGAUGUUCCCAGCUAUUGAUGGUUUCUGGUCGCAAGGUGUCCCCCAUGAUGGGUCUAUUCGUGUAGGAGAAGGACGUACACUUGACGAUUAA